GAAUAAAUGGGAGAAUUCUUAAACUUUUGGACAUUUUUGUAACAAAAAAGUGUGGGGGGGAUAUCAAAUGUUAUUUUUCUGCCGGUAAAUAUUACCGCGCGGUGUCUGGGCUGCUCCCUUUUCGUCGUUAACCUUGAAAUGCCAGACUCGAAACUCGCCGUGUGUACUUUUCAGGUGAACAUUUCCCCUUUAGGCCGCUGGGUUUGGAAUGAUAAAUCUAAAAAGCUGGAGUUUAUCAGUUCUUACCCAAGAGAAGAGAAUGUUUUGACGGCGAGUCUAACCAAUAACAACAUUAAAGAGCUUCAGGAGCGAGCAGAGUGGUUGGCUGACAUAUUUACAAUGAACCACAGAGGGCGCCAAAGGAUUAGGAGCAGACUGAGCCCUGCUCAUUUCAAUGCGUACAGGUCCUCAGUGCUGAAGAGACAAGCGGACCGGGUCACCAUUGAGGAUGUUAAACAGGUGGCUGUCGGUUUGCUACAGGAGAAUUAUUUGCUUCCCGUUCCUCUCCGCUUUCUGGAGUUAUUGAAGAGUGACGAGCUCGAUGAAGUCCUCAUUACACUUCUUCUUUACCUGUCUUGCUUUUUCAUACAUAAGACCCUGAAGAAUAAAUCUGUGCAUACAGCAGUCCUGUCAGAGCACCAGAUGAUGGUGGAGGCUUGGGCUAAAAAGGAGAUGGCUCAAAAGAAGUUGGCUGUCUGCUACUUCCGCCUGAUGAUGGAUCUGAAAAGAGAACAUCAUUGCCCAUAUCACAAGAGGCAGAUAUCGUCAAAUAGAAGAGAGUGGCUUCUUCAUGCGUGCUUGUACAGCUUCUUCUGCUACGUGGCCUGGGUGACGUUUGGCAGGAGGGACCUGAAGGACAUCCAAGAGGAGGUUGGACGUCUUUUGUACUCUGACUCGUUCAACAUGGCAGUGAAGAAUAUGACUGACGGCGACUCGGGAACUACCAGUAAUGGUUCAGUGGAGACAGGAGCAGCUCACUCCAAGAUGAGACAUAAUAGUCCACUAAAACAAAGCACAUCCCAAAGGCACCCACUCCUCAGCAGCAUAGUAAAUCAGCGAUCCCCUCUGAUGGUGUCUCUGCUGCCCUCGCCCAAAGAACAGUCACCCCAUCUGUUCCUGGGCAGCCGAGCCAGGAAUCAGAUCCCUCUGAAGGCCGAGUACUGUGACACCAAAGCCCUCAUGGAGCAGCUCGACCAGCAGCUGGCCUCUGUCAGGUUUGGGAUUCUUGGGAAGCCCUUGGAUCGAUUCAGCCACAGUACGCUGAUACCCUAUGGACAACAGAAAUAUUUCAUGAGGAUAAGGACAAGGAAGUAGACAGUGAUGGUAAUAACAGUGCAGAUCAUUCUGGAAUCUGUGCUCAAGGUACCGAGUUGUCCUUCGUAGGACACAAGUGGCGGCCUUUUCAGACAUGGAAGCGCCAUCCACAUAAAGAUUAAAAACUGCACACUGUAAACGUUGCAUAUUGAAUGACUUGCAUGUGAAUGUGUGUACUCUCAGUGGCCUAACAUCUAUUUGCACAUCACACAGGUAAAGAAAAGGCAAAGAAUGAGGUAGAAGCUGAGAUUUCAGUCUUUCAUGUGUGGCUCAUUUUCAAAAAUCAUAUUCCUGGACUGUUAUCAUACAUGCUAUUUGUUGGGAUAUGCCUCUGAAUAUAAAUCUGUUUAGUGCUUCCAGCUGGUGGUGCUGUUGAAUAAAAUAUAAUGAAAUCCA